AUGUCGUGGGAGCUCCUCCGGCGGUUCUUUGACUCUGAUGUCUUCAACUCGAACCCCUUCCUCCCCGUCUCCUACCUGUCCGUCGACAAUGAGUCCAUGGCGCUCGAGGAGUUUCUCCUCGAUCUGUGCGAGGAAUCCGUCACUGCAGCCCUGCUGACCUUUUGGCUCUUCCAAACCUAUCUCCACGAUCUGUCCUCGAACCCACAGACAACCGCCUUCCAAACCUGCCGUCGAGUCUAUAACAAGGUGCAGCACAUUGUCUUUGGCCUCAACGAUGUCGGCCGCCACGAAAAGAUCAAGGAAAACAUCCUGCCUGUCACGGUGCUCUCCAGCUUCGUUCUCGCCAGCAUCGCCCUGCCCAUGAUCCCACGAUGGGCCGGCCCCCUCGCCGUCGCGCAGGCCCGCAAGCCGCAGCCCGUCACCAAUGCCCCAUCCGGUGACACGGCCGACGACGCGAAGCCGAACAGGCCGCAAGUAGUGACAGCACUCCACGCGAAACCGAAACGCACCAAGGACACCCGCCACGCGAGCGGAACCAGCGCGCAGCUCGCCUCGCCGGGUCGCGCUGUGGCCGCCAAGGCCAUCAGCCAGGCCAUCUCGGCACCCCCGAAAUCAAGGCUGCAAAAGGAGAUGAAGCGACCGCCCCCGCUGGACAUGACCCCGAAAGAGGCCAUGUCGAGCUCGGCAUCGCUUCCCUUGCCUUCACCGCCGCAGACGACGAGGCCGGAGACGCCGCCGCUGACUGCCGGUCUCGCGCCACGCACUCACUCCGAGAGCCUCCUCCGCAGACAUUCGCAUCACACGAAGAAUGCAAAAAAUAUUGCCGACUUGUCCUCGAUACAAAAGACGCGGCUGCUGCGACAACAUUACUUUAGAUCCCAGACCCAAUUUUUGCAAGCCCUCGAGGGCAUUUCCAACCGUCUCGUCAUCGUACCCAAGCAGGCUCGCAUGAGCGCUCUCCGCGCAGAGCUUGCUCUGAUAGCGCGAGACUUGCCCGCGGAGAUUGACGUCCCCGUCAUUUGCCCGCCGACGCUGGUCGACGGCGCGCCAGGCAAGAGCCGACAUCACCGCAUCGUUCGACUGAACCCGGCCGAAGCAACGGUUCUGAACAGUGCGGAAAAGGUGCCGUAUCUGCUCAUGGUCGAGGUGCUCAGAGAGGACUUCACGUUUGAUCCGGAGACGCCAGAUAAUCAGCGACUGCUCCCUGAGCUGUUUGGUGUCCGCGGAAACUCGAAGCGCUUAUUCGACCUGUCGUCCGAGCUUCCCAAAUCCGCACAGGUGACACCACCACCCGAACCCGCGGUGGAUAGCGUCUUUGAACCGACCUCUGGCGACCUCGGCAGCUCCAACCUCAUCAAAACGCUCGAGGAGGAAGGGCAGCCGCGCGCGGCGCCCAAGCCGCCGUCGUCAUACCCCAACCAGCGGCUGUCGAGCGGCGGCACGACGUCGUCCACCACUCUCGAUGCCGCGACACCGCGCACCUCGGGCGCCUCGCGUUCACGCUCCAGCAGCCCUGGCUCGCGCCGCAAGAUGACGCUGCAAAUGAACCGCAACGCGUCGACAGACCAGCCCGACUUUUCGGCCCUCGCGACGCACAUGCGCACCGCCUCGCAGAUGCUGGCUCAGCUCGACGCCACGAGUGGAAAGCGACCCCGGCAAGAAGUCGCCGCGAUCCGCGCCAAAAUCAUUGCCUCGAUGCAGACGCUCGAGGAGCGCAGCUUCGACGCCGACGAGCAAGGGCCGACCUUUGACACCAUCAUGGCCAAGGCCAGCACGGCCGCCGCCGCCGCCGCCUCUGCAUCCGCGUCCACCAGCAACCCGGACCUCGACGAGGACGCCCCCGUGGACACGAACCUCAACGCCAGUGCAGGCCGCGAGCGCAUGGAAAACGACUUCAAGACGGGAGGUGUGCAGCGCCGCGGCGACCGCGACGACCCCAGCGCGGCCGUCUUUGGCGAGGCGUGGGAGGCUAAAAAGGAGCGCAUCCGCACGUCCUCGCCCUACGGCUGGAUGAAGAACUGGGACCUCGUGAGCGUCAUUGUCAAGACGGGUGCCGACCUCCGGCAAGAAGCCUUUGCGUGCCAGCUCAUCCACGUCUGCCACAAGAUUUGGGUCGACGCCGGCGUCGACGUGUGGGUCAAGCUGAUGCGCAUCCUCGUCACGGGCGAGUCGUCGGGCCUCAUCGAGACCAUUACCAAUGGCGUGUCCCUGCACUCGCUCAAGCGCAGCCUGACAAUGGCGUCGGUCGAGGCCGGCACGAACCCGCGGCGGCGCAUCGCGACCCUCAAGGACCACUUUUGCAAGGCGUUUGGCGAGCCCGGCGGGCGGGCGCACCGCGGCGGCGUGGACGCGUUUAAGCGCUCGCUGGCGGCGUACAGCGUCAUCUCGUACGUGCUGCAGCUCAAGGAUCGGCACAACGGCAAUGUGCUGAUUGACAGCGAGGGGCACAUCGUGCACAUUGACUUUGGCUUCAUGCUGUCCAACUCGCCGGGGUCGGUGGGCUUUGAGGCGGCGCCGUUUAAGCUGACGCACGAGUAUGUCGACGUGCUUGGCGGGCUGGGGUCGCCCGACUAUGAGGAUUACAAGAAGCUCUGCAAGCAAGCUUUCCAAGCGCUCCGCCGAUCGGCAGACUACAUCAUCGACCUCGUCGCCAUGAUGGGCGCCGAGUCCAAGAUGCCCUGCUUCGCCGUCGGUGUAGCCACGGCCACCAGCGCCCUUCGCCAGCGCUUCCAGCUCCACCUGAGCGCCGACGAGGCCGAGCAGUUUGUCGAGACGGACUUGAUUGCCAAGUCUUUUGGAAGCUACUAUACACGACUCUACGACACUUUUCAAUACCGAACACAGGGUAUCUACUAA